UGACCCAGGAGGAGGGGAUAGAGGGGGAGGAAGGGGGAGGUAGGAGCAGACGGAGCUCAGAUUCAUUUCUGCUGGUGCUGCUGGAGGCACAGCACAUUGCGAGAGCAGAACGUGACGCACACAGAGCCGGGACACGCACGGCUAUCAAAUGGAUUAAUUUUGACAUAUACUUGUGAACUCUCAGAGAGAAAGGACAAUAGAGCCAGAAGGACUUGCACCGAGCUUGUAAAACUUGUUUGUCACACUGGCAGAAAAUAAAAAAGCUACCUGGCUUUGAUGAAGAAACAUUCAUUCAGGAGCCAGCUGAUAUCCCGCUGAGCGGAGGGACUGACAGCACUGAGGAUGUGAAUGUAUCGGGGACAAUCUGGACCCCUUUCUGUCACACAGCUGCACCACUCAAGUGGAUCAUAAUCAUCGAGACCAGAGCCAAACGCACACAGAGAAAAAGGAACUGCGUGAGAAAGCCUACCAUGUACUGACAACAAGGAAUGGAAAGCAUCAGUGUGGAAACGGACUGGGAUGGGUUGGCCCUCUCCUCUCUGCUCGCAGCAGGAAGGAACAACUUCUCUUCCUCGUCUCUGCUUGUCUCUGAACUGAACUCCCUCAACAGUUCUCAAAGCGGGGGAUCCUUCUUCGGGAUAGACCCUGAAAAUGGUUCCACCACGACGCAGCACACGCUGCCCCAGCCCCCGCAGAGGGACCUGGACCUGGCCCGGGCAGAGAUAGCAGUGCUCGGGGUGGUGUUGGCCCUUACCACUCUGGGGAACAGCUUUGUGCUGUGGGUGCUGCUGAGGAGGAGGAAGCAUAAUGCACCCAUGCACGUGUUCAUGUUCAACCUGUGUGUGGCUGACCUGGUGGUGGCCUUCUUUCAGGUUCUUCCCCAGCUCAUUUGGGACAUCACUGGGAAGUUUCAGGGGCCUGACUUUCUCUGCCGGUCCGUCAAGUACUUGCAGAUUGUGGGCAUGUUUGCUUCCUCUUACAUGAUAGUUGCCAUGACGGUAGACCGGCACCAGGCCAUCUGCUGCCCUUUGCAGGCCUACAGAGGGGGCACAAUGUCCCGCUGGAACACCCCUGUCAUGGUGGCCUGGGGCUUGGCGCUAGUCCUCAGCAUACCACAGGCUUUCAUCUUCUCUCGCACAGAAACUGUUACAGGAGAGUUUGAUUGCUGGGGUCACUUUGCUGAGCCGUGGGGGCUGAAGGCCUACGUCACCUGGAUGACCGUAUCUGUCUUCCUCCUGCCCGCCUUCAUCAUUACCAUCUGUCAGAUAAGAAUCUUCAGAGAAAUCCACAAUAACAUCUAUCUGAAGUCAGAGAGAAUUGUGAUGGCUGAGUUAAAGAAGAAAGAAAUCUUCUUCCGCUUCCACAGCUUUAAAAAGGAUGACGAGCGGUCCAGGGAUAGGGGGAGACGGUCGUCCGGAGGGGGGGGCAGGGAUGGCAGAGGAGGACAACUCCUAAAGGGUGUGAAUAACAACCCUCACAAUAACACCCAUGACAGCCAAGCAGGAGAGUGUUAUGACUUUGUACCAUCGGCUGUCCAGUACAGUAGCAGUAGUGAACAUGUGACAACAACAUCGCCGCAGCAGCAAACAUUGAGCGGCUCAGAUUGCCAGGACUCGUACACGCCCUACGAGCUGGCCUCAGGCUCACCUCGCUGCUCCCUCGACUACGCACGCCCCCCCCUUCCAGCCACUCCACCUCAUCACAGCAUCACAAAAGCCAUGUCAAAGACUGUGAGAAUGACCCUGGUCAUCGUGCUGGUCUAUACUAUCUGCUGGGCCCCUUACUUCAUCGUCCAGCUUUGGGCGGCCUGGGACCCCCACCCUCCAGAACAUGUGGCCUUCACUAUCCUGAUGCUGCUGGGGAAUCUGAACUCGUGCACCAACCCGUGGAUUUACACAGCUUUCUCCAGCAGCGUGUCCAGAGAGCUGCAGAACCUCCUGCAGUGCCGGACACGACCCGACCGCCGGGGCUCCCUGCCCGACGACUCCACCACCACACACACCUCCACCACCAAGGACAGCCUGUACUGACAAAGAUUGAUGAGGCAGAAACAGAUACACAGAGACAUGUUUGAAAAGACAACUAGGGUGCACAGAGGUCUGUUGCAGGGAUGUGCUGCAGUGCACAGCCUGAGAACAGAGCACUGACCUCAACCAGAUGUUUCCAACAACAAAGGACAGCUUCUGUCAACAGGACCUCUAUCUUGUAAUCACCAGUCCUCUCCACCACAACAGAGAGGAAGGGUGUCAUUGAAGAUGUCAACACCAUUUUAUGAGGGCACUGUGAAAGAUACAGUGGCUGUCAGUGACAGCAUCUGUUAUGCAAAAUGGCCUUGACAGUAAAGAGCGCUUUUACCUCGGCUGUGGUGGAGUAGGACCCUGUGCAUUGAUUUAUACGAACCAAAACUGUUUCCCUUCUCAGUCAGAGCAGGGCAGCAGGAAUGCAAGGGGUGGAUCAGCGCAUUAAUGGCCUUGCGGCACGCCUAAUGUACAAAGCAGCAGACAAAGCUGUGGGUGUAGAGAAAACAAAGCAGCAAACUGAGGGAAUGAGAUACACACACACAUGCAGACAGUAAGAGAAAACGAGACGGCUGUUGGAGUGAGAACAGACAGGGGAUGACAUGGAUGUUAGAUCUACAGGAGCAGUCUUGAGAGGGCUGUAGUACAAAAUCUAAUAAUGUGAAGAAACUUUGUUGAAUCAAGGAAAGUGGAUUAGAGGUGGAUGCUUGAGGCUGUAUUAAUAUCCACUCAGGAGGAAUCCUGUUCCAAGAAACAAGAGUGAUUUGUUAGCAAGAUGGACAGAGAUUCACUCAUGAGAAGUCAAGACACUGCCCCGCGAGGAACUGGGAUACCAUAUUAAUGCAGACAGCAAACCACACACACACACACACACACACACACACACACACACACACUCACACACACACACACACACACACUAAAACAUGAAGUGGCAGGAGGAGGAUUAAGCCUAGAAGAAUACAAAUGAUAAAUCCAGGUUUCCGCAACCAACCGGGACACAAUUAUGUGAUUGUAUUUCGAAAACAGCAUAUGAGGUACAUAACAUUACCUUCCUGUCAAGCUCUCCUGAAUGUACGAAACAAAAACUUUAAUCAGAAGACGCAGGACAGAAAACAAACAGCAUUCCAUGUACAAUGAUGAACAAUGUCAAGUUUAUUUAUUGAAAAUGUAAGGCACAUUAAAUAUGAAUACAUGUUGUGUAAGGUCAAUGUUGAAUGUGAAUCGUACUACUUGUAAAAGUCUGAUAUGUGUAUAGAGAAACAUGGGGAUGUCAAACCAAAGAUUUUUUAAAGCUCGACUGUAGUUUGCAAGUCUUAAGAGUUAUUAAGGCUUCAACAGAUAAGAGAGAUUAGAGGGGAAUAGGAGCUGCUGUCAUUAAGAGCGCAUGUCAGUUUAAGAAAAACUCCAUGUUGACAGAGAAAAUACUUCCAGUCAAACCAAGUGCCUGUAAUGUCAGAGGGGCCUGAAUGAUCUCUGGAUGAUGUCAGCCUGUUAUUCUUAGACGAAGCUACCACCAGAGCAGAAUCAUUGGUUAUAUCACACUACGAGCCAUACGUUCUUUUAUCUUUUUAUUUAUUUUUGUAUAAAUUCAAAUAUACAAACAUAUAUAUAUAUUUCAGUUAAUGGUACUGCCUUAUGUUCAUGUACAGUUUUUACCUUUUUGUUUCUGUGUAAAGAGUAAUGUAUUGUGCCCCUCCACUGCAUGUCAGAGUUAAAAUAAAAAAAUGAACUGACAUUUUGUUUUUAUAAGAUUACAUAAGCAACUGUACAUACAGUAUAUGUGAUAAAUAUAUGUGUGCAUAAAAUAAGAUUAUGAUUUAAUGUA